UAUGGAGAAAAAGAUAUUCAAGUAGCAAUAUAUUUUCAUUAAAAUAAUAGAAAAAAAGGGAAUACAGAAAUUUUUUUGAAAAAAGAAAAUGAACAUUGUUUGCUUCGAUUCCGAUGGGCAUGGAAAAAGGACAAAAUUCGCUUGUCUCAAUGACAGUGCUCUACUCACUGAUGCUUAUUCUUCUCGCUUUUCUUCUGUCCUUUUCACGCUUCCCUCCUCCUCUCAAUCACUUUCCCAAAACCCAUUUCCCUGAUCUUCAUCCUCUCGAUUCACUCAUAACCCAUCGUUGAAUCAUCUCCCAUCAAUCUGCUUUUACUUCUUCAUCUGUAUAGCCUUCUUUCUCUCUCAAUUUCGACGUUCAUUGAGUUUUCCAUGCUUAGUCCCAGUUCCCGUUAAAGACCCAGAUUUCCCCAUACGGGUUCUUCGAAUUAGGGUUUUUUUUAGUUCGUUUCCGUGUGGGGGAGACCUUGUAAAGGGAUUUGUUUUCCAAUUAGUCAAGAAUAAUGCCUGUUGCAGGCACUGGAAUGGUUGCUGAAGAGGGAAGAACACCCUACUCGUUUGCUUUAGAAUACGAAGGUCCCCCAAUAUCACACCAUGAUCUUCCGCGAGCUGUUCCAAUUGAUAUUCGUAAGAUUCCUGUGGCUGCGGUUGUUCACAAGUCACGUUUUCCUGAUAACACUGGUAAACACUCUAUGCCUAUUGUACAACCCAUUCUUGCAUCCGACAUCGCCACCAACUUCGCCAAAUUAGACCUAGGGUUGGGUGCCGGUACUGAAACCGAAACCACUGUUUCUCCGGCUCAUGACGGUGGGUUUGAGGAAAGAAGUUCGAGUAAUCCCGACGUGUUCAUUAGUUCAGGCGAGUUUCUGGAUAUGAUUAACAGCUCGGCUGGACUUGGGUCGUCUUCUGUGAGCCAAGAUCACUCAUACGAGCUAUCCGGCAGGGGUGAGAGUUCAGGUACUUUAGGAUUCUCCGAUAGUUUUGAUAAGUCGAGAGAUUUUUCCGGAAAUUCACUAGCGUUUAGAGCUUCAAACGCUUGCAAGGAGAGUCUAGAUUUCAAUGAAUUGAAUCAAUCCGAUUGGGUGUCAAAUGGGUCAAGGUUGAGCUUCGACUAUCCAUCUUCACGUGUCUCUUCUCUCAAAACUGGAGAUUGUAAUAAUGAAGAACCCGAUUGUGAUAAAAGAAGCAACCCACUUAUUACUUUUCGCGACAUCGAAUCUGAAGAUGAAGAUUUUCUUGAUGAUCUUAAUCAACCUCAACCUGAUAUCGUACGUUUAAAAAGAGAACCAGAAGUGAAAACAAGAAAAGGGGCUUGUUAUCGAUGUCUUAAAGGAACCAGAUUCACUGAAAAAGAGGUCUGCAUAGUUUGCAAUGCAAAAUAUUGUGUCAACUGUGUGCUUAGAGCAAUGGGGUCAAUGCCAGAAGGAAGAAAGUGCGUUACUUGCAUUGGAUAUUCCAUUGACGAGUCAAAGAGGGGCAAAUUAGGAAAAUGCUCCCGAAUGCUAAAACGCCUCCUUAAUAACCUUGAAGUUAGACAGAUAAUGAAAGCAGAGAAACUAUGUGCUAUCAAUCAAUUACCUUCAGAGUACGUUUGUGUAAAUGGGAAACCACUUUCUCAUGAAGAACUUUCCAUACUUCAAAGCUGCCCAAAUCCUCCUAAAAAACUUAAACCUGGAAAUUAUUGGUAUGAUAAAGUAUCUGGCCUUUGGGGAAAGGAAGGAGAGAAGCCUUUAAAGAUUAUUAGUCCCCAUUUAAACGUUGGUGCCCCAAUUAUGCCUGAUGCUAGCAAUGGAAACACAGGUGUUUUUAUAAAUGGUCGUGAGAUUACUAAAGUUGAACUAAGAAUGUUACAGCUAUCUGGAGUCCAAUGUGCUGGUAAUCCUCACUUUUGGGUUAAUGAUGAUGGAUCUUAUCAAGAAGAGGGACAGAAAAACACCAGAGGAUAUAUAUGGGGAAAGGCUGGAACAAAGCUGGUUUGUGCUGUUUUAUCACUACCAGUUCCAUCCAAGACAAUUUAUCCCACUGGAGAUCAAUUGAGCAACACACUUAGUCAAUCAAUCCCAGACUAUUUUGACCAAAAUGUCCCUCGGAAGCUUCUUUUAAUCGGAUGCUGUGGAUCUGAACGUGAAAGUAUCAAGUUUAUAAUCCAAAGCAAUGUCUAUGGCUACCUUGGAAUACUCCUUGAAGGACGUGAACGUUUUGAAGAUGAAGCAUUGAAUGAUAUGAAGACAAACGAUAUUUCUGAAAAUGAGAAAACUUUGUAUUCUAUAUGCCCGAGGCUGAAAACGUUUUCUGAUUGGCUGCUUAAAACCAUGGUGGCUGGGAAUCUGGAAGACAUAUUCCCAGCUGCAACAAGGGAAUAUGCUCCUGUUGUUGAGGAACUCUGGAAUCAUCCAGCCAUGAAAGCCACUUACAAGAGGAGAAUGGAAUUGGAGAUGCUCCCCAGUGUUUCCAGUUAUUUCUUGGAGCAGGCUGUUGAUAUAUUAAGAACAGACUAUAUACCUUCAGAUGUGGACAUUUUGUAUGCUGAACAUGUCACUUCUUCAAAUGGUCUUUCAAGCAUUGACUUUUCAUUCCCUCCAUUAUCGCCUGAUGAAACCAAUGACACCACUGAUCAACAUAAUUCUCUACUCAGGUUCCAACUCAUUAGAGUGCAAGCAAGAGGCUAUGGUGAAAACUGCAAAUGGCUAGAAAUGUUUGAAGAUGUUGGAGUAGUCAUAAUCUGUGUUUCCUUGAGUGAUUUUGACCAGUAUGCAACCGAUGUAGAUGGAAAUUUAAUGAACAAAAUGAUCCUAAACAAGAAAUUCUUCAAGAGCAUUGUGACACAUCCAACAUACGAUCAAAUGGAGUUUCUUUUAGUACUAAACAAAUUUGAUGUGUUUGAGGAAAAACUGGAACGGGUCCCACUAACAUGUUGUGAGUGGUUCAGUGAUUUUAAGCCGAUAGUGAGCCGAAACAGCCACAACAAGAACAUAAGUAGCAACAACAUUAAUCAUAGUCCUUCAAUGGGACAAAUGGCUUCACAUUAUGUUGCUGUGAAGUUCAAGAAGCUGUUUGCAUCAAUCACUGAUAGGAAGCUGUUUGUCUCAGUGGUGAAGGGGUUGGAGCCUAAUAGUGUGGAUCAAACAUUAAAGUAUGCAAGGGAGAUACUUAAAUGGGAUGAAGAGAAACCCAAUUUUAACUUUAAUGAAUACUCCAUGUAUAGCAGUGAAGCAAGCUUAAAUUCCCAAUGAUAAUGAUCCCAGAGACAUUAAUGUACAUAAAAUGGUGAAGAACAAGGUAUUCCCAAUUUGAUUUGGUUUAGCUGUUUGGUUGGUUGGGUUGUAUUAUAGAAUUUUAAAAUGAAUCAAAAUUUAGGUGAUGAUAUAAAUGUAUGUAUGUAUCUAUAUUUGUUUGUUUGACUAGCAAGUUAAUUACAUCUUGUUUUUACUUCAAUGUAAAGUUUCAUGGCUUGUUUUGGUUGUGUGCAUGUAUAAAGCAUACAUAACCUCAACAAAGUUUCCAAAAAUGCAGAAUCAAGAAACAUAAAGAAACAAAUUUUACC